CGGACAAACCUUAGUCGUACGCGGUCGGUUCUGGCGACGAUACGUAAAAUUUGUUCGCUGUUAAAACUUCGUAGUCAUCCGACUCGAUAUAGUCGUAAUAAUCCAAUAUUUAUUGUGCUUUUAUUGUGAGCCGGCUGAAAAAAUAUUCGUAUAAUUCUGUUAAAUUUUGAGCUGCAUAAACAUCGUACCGGUCGAGUCGACUGGUCAUGAUUUUUAUUCUGAUCAUAGAAUCGCCAAGUUGUCACCAUUCCUAAAACACGUCAAAAAACUCCAAAAUGUGCUCGAAAGCGAAGAGAUAAGAAGUAUAGACAGGACAAAAGUCCCAAGAUGUUUUCAUUUACGGAAGGUUGCGGAUGUGUCAGCUUUCGCGGAGGACGGAGAGCACGUUCAUUGGGAGACGAUUCUUCUUCGUGUCGGAGUUCAGAAAUAGAACAAGAAGUGCCGAAGAAGAUUGGCAAGAGGAUACUUAAUGGUGAUUGCACCAUGAAGGCUUUGGCACCAUUUUGGAAAUUUUGGAAAAAGGAUGAAGCCAGCAUGACCAAGGCUGAAAGAACCAUGAAAGCUGCUAUACUUAUACAGCAGUGGUAUCGUCGGUAUUUAGCUCGAAUGGAAGUUCGCAGGCGCUAUACGUGGACCAUAUUCCAAAGCAUCGAAUAUGCAGGGGAGCAAGAUCAAGUCAAACUUUACAACUUUUUUAAUGCCCUCCUGAGUCAUAUGCGAGAGACCAGCGGAAGACCGUCAUCCGAAAGGACAUCAAGAACGGCUUCUGUCAUGGAACAAAUAUUUUCUGAGGAGUCAGAUGAAGGCGGAGGCGUGGAUGAGACAGCUCCACCGAAAAACUGUCGAGAGCCUGAUAUUGAAUUUCCCCUUCAAAGAAAAGAUAUAGACCUACUUAUUGAGGCAUUUAGGAAAAAAAAGCAUCGUCUACAUCCAAAGCUAGUAGCACAGAUAUUGAAAGAGGCUUCGCAGAUGUUAAAAAGAUUGCCGAAUAUCAAUGUGGCGACUACAUCUAUAUCGAGCCAGAUAACCAUAUGCGGAGACCUUCACGGCAAGCUCGACGAUUUGCUUGUUAUAUUCCAUAAGAACGGUUUGCCGUCGCCGGAGAACCCUUAUAUAUUCAAUGGAGAUUUUGUAGACCGCGGAAAGAAGGGAUUGGAAGUUCUCCUACUGUUAUUGGCAUGCAUGCUAACUUUCCCUGGAGGGGUUUAUUUGAACCGAGGCAAUCACGAAGACCUUAUCAUGAAUACCAGGUACGGCUUCAUAAGGGAGGUUCACCAAAAGUAUCGGCAUAACGCAGAACGACUACUAAAGCUGAUAGAGAAUGUGUAUCGCUGGCUGCCGCUGGGUACAAUAAUCAACAACCGAGUGUUUGUCGUUCACGGAGGCAUUUCAGAUACUACCGACCUUGAUAUGUUGAGAAGUAUGGAGAGAGAUAAGUACGCAUCUUUAUUACGACCGCCGUUAAACGAAGGAGCUGCCCCGGGCGCUGAAGCAAUUGAUAAGGUGGAGUGGAAACAGGUUUUCGACAUCCUCUGGUCCGAUCCGCAAAGUACAGGUGGAUGUGUGGCAAACGCGCUGCGAGGUGCAGGCACAUAUUUCGGCCCCGAUGUCACUAGCUCUUUCCUAAAUAAGAACAAACUCAGCUUCAUAAUCAGAAGUCAUGAAUGCAAACCCGGUGGUUACGAGAUACUCCAUAACGGCAAUGUUAUAACAAUAUUUUCUGCUUCUAAUUAUUACGAGCUCGGCUCCAAUAAAGGCGCGUAUCUGAAACUCUGCGGUAAUGCGUUGGACCGUCAGUUUGUACAGUACACAGCAGCGGUAUCUCGCACACGCCGUUUGACCUUCCGUCAGCGAGUUGGACUGGUUGAGUCAUCAGCAAUGAGGGAACUGCACAGUCACAUCAUGACGGCUCGGAGAACCUUGGAAGCUACAUUCAGAAGCAUGGAUUUGGAUCAGAGCGGAUUUAUUACUAUAAGUGACUGGUGCUACGCUAUGGAGGAGACUACUCACUUGGGUUUGCCAUGGCGUAUGUUAAAAGACAAGCUGGUUCGCACCGACCCUGACACACGCCGCGUUCGUUAUAUGGAUACCUUCGAGUUACUGGCUAAUAAAAUUGGCAGGAAAUCGGACGCGCAGACCGUAGUUGAAACAUUAUACAAGAACAAAAGAAGCUUGGAAGCAAUAUUUAAAAUACUCGACAAGGAUAACUCAGGCUUUAUAACAUUGGAAGAAUUUUCUGAGGCAUGUCAAUUACUUGGGAAAUAUAUGCCAAAUCCGAUGACCCAGGAACAACUGGUCGACAUAUGUCGUUUAAUGGAUAUUAAUAAAGACGGCCUAGUUGAUCUUAACGAGUUCCUAGAGAGCUUCCGCUUGGCUGAGAAAAGUUUACACGAGGACGAGCAUGUAUUGGCCGAAAUGAAAGCCUCCUGACAUGAGCUAGACCGCUGUCCUAGCAAGACAGCGGUCGAUGCUGAUGAGACUGGUGUUGAUAUAGAACUCUUGAAACUAGAUGAUGAUAGGAAUUCACGUCGCGACGAUCAAAGAAAGGAUGGACUUGACGAUCAACAAACAAGACGUAAAGUCCAAAGACAUAAUGGCUUUAAAGGGGCUGGUUCAUCUCGAGAUGUAGAGGAAAUUGAAUUGUUGGAUUAUGAGCGUCCAAAACGACCCGGUUUGCUUGAGAGCGAUAUUUAAACUAAAAUUUUAAUGUUCUUAUUGGGCUUUUCAAUUCUAUACUUGUAAAAGUUAACUGUUUGUCAAAACUUUGUUAUCUGAUAGAUUUUUAAAUUAAGCAUUAUUUGCGGCUCAAGAGAUAUAACGAGCCCCCUUUAGCGCAAUAUCACGCCAUUUAAAAUGUGUCUUAAUUCCUAUUAAAAUUAAAAUGUAAAUAUUUUGUAUUGCAUUUUGAAUCGAGCCUAAGAUGUAUGCGUAAAAUAUGUACAUUUAAAGUUGUGCUAUUUUAAUUUUGCCUAUUCAAUGAAAAAAGCAAAAAAAAAGGUUUUUGCAACUUAAGUCAAAUUAUUAAUUGGUGCCAAUUUAAUAACCACAUGUAUUACUUAAUAGCACCAAAAAUAUUUUCAAACAUAAUAAAAUUUACUAUGUAAGUUAUGGGAGCAAAUGCCAAAUAACACUUUCUAUUUUAUAUCACUAUAUGAAAUAUAAAAAAUAAUUUUUAUCAAAUAAUACAAGAGAAAUAUGAUAUAACCUUAAGAACGCUUAAUUUAUAAAUUUACAAAUUAAAAUUAUCAUAAUAUUUAGUAGAAAUUAUAUCUAUAGAUAAAUAUUUUCCUAUUAUAUAAAACUUAAAGUUUCUAGUCAUUUCUACGUGUGUAGGUACGAUUUACAUAUCUUUCUAUUUCAAUAUAUUAAUCAUUCCAAUGUGUAUUGGUGGAUGAAUUAAAUCGUUCACCUUAGAAAUUAGCCUUUACUCUUUGAAUUUGAUCACAAUAUCUCUUUUAGAGUGUAAGAUUUCAUUAUGAAUGUCAAGAUUUAUUAAAUAAUUAUAUUCUUACUAAAGCGAUAUCUCUAUCAAUUUGUCUCAAUAAAUUAUGUACACUAUAUAAGUUUUGUCCAUUAAAUUGUGAUACGGUA